UGUAUUGACAGGCCCAUAAAUCUUAUUAGUGCAAGUCUGUUGUUGGCUUUAUCAAAGCCAUUUUAUCUUUGUUAGGAGAAAUUAAAUGCUAAUUUCAAUUAUGAACAAAAUUUUUCUAACUUUCAUAGUACCAAAGUUUAACACGUCCUUUUGGAUUUGUCUACCCACUAUAUCGCAAAGGACUUAAAUUUGAUAAAAGACUUCCGUGAUGUCUGAAUGUGUGUAAUGGAACUAAAGCAAGUGUAGUUAAAUAUAUGCAAUGUUAAGUGUUUGGAUCCACAUACUGCUUUCAAAUUUGUUUCCAAUAAUUUAAAAACAAGUCGACAUUCUCCAAUAUGUAAAACCACGAUGUAUGUGCAUAUGUAUCAGCAAUCUCAAACUUUUAGUGUGUUAAAAAAAACGAAAUAGUGUUUUUUCUGUUCGUGUAGAAAGUCUGCAUUCCUCUAUAAAUAUUGGGAUUUUUAUGUUAAACCUGCAUUUUCAAAAUAUGAUAAUAAGUGCAAAUAAAAAUAUUAAUUUCAUGUGAAAGGAAAUACAGAAAAUUUUCCGUGAAUAUGAAAACUCAUUUAACGAUUAACAGCAAAUAACAAACUUAAGUUCGUGUCAAAUGAGAUAUUCUCAAACACUAAACGUGAAGAAUGGAAGUGAAAACACAUCACACAGAAUAUAAUUAUGAUGAGAAGUGAAAAAUAUCCAUAUAUCAGUACAUACUAAUACGAAUCAAAUAACAUAAUUGAUUAAUAAUGAAAUGCAUUGGUACUCGCACUAAAUAACGCAUAAAAGUAAAAAAUUAAAAAUGUAUAAAUUGGCCAGUGGGCCAAGGCCCAUAUCAUCUAUGACUCAACAAUUAUACAGUAAUAUAUUUACCUCGAAGCAUUGUCAAUGUUUUUAUGUGGAUGAGGGAACGUUGCAUUGUGCGAACCCGCAGCAAGCAACCAUCCUCACUUCUUGGACUGUAUGGAAUCAAUGAGACGCAGUGAGGUGAACGUUAGCCACCACCCGAAUAAGGUGGCCACUAAUAACAGCAUAGUUACGGAAAGCGCAAAGCAUAACAACUUGGCAGGAAGCAGUGGCAGCACUUCGAAUUCAGCCGCUUCGAACUUAAAUAAGAAACUAAAUACGUCUUCUCAUAAGCAUCAUCAGUAUCAACAUAAUACGAAGCACAGCGUUAACAGAAAAGUAGCAAGUUCAAGGAAUCUUGUUCCAUCAAAAUCAAAUUCAUCACUAUCCAGUGGAGGAGUUAACUUAAGCUUAAAGGGUUGUUUCCAAAAACCAACAGGGAAAACUAUUCAUGUAAAUACAGCAGUUAAAGAGGGCCCAUCUACAACAUUGUCAACUUAUGCCCCAUCAUCUAUUUCAAGCGAAUCUAAAGAUACUAAUUUCGAGUACGAAGACGAAUGGGACAUUGGUGGUAUUCCAGAGUUGUUGGAUGAUUUGGACGCAGACAUCGAAAAGUCAUAUACAGCCGCUCAAAAUUUGUCCAAAGCAAGUAAUUCUGGUGGUGGCAACAGUGAUAUUGAAGCAAAUACAAUAAUUUUAAAAUCAGUAACAAAAUCCACAACAUCGAAUAAAGCAAUUGCUAAUACUGCCUACUCAGAUAAUCUUUUGGGGAAGCGAACGUCAUUGUCCACAACAGGCGGAAAGUUUACCAGCUUGCCAUUGCCAAGGUCGGUGCCUGGAUCACUUUCGCAUUUUUCGGGGAGCUCGAAUGAAAAAAAUCCAUCUUCAGUUAAAAGUUCACGAGCUGCUCCGAUUCCCCCAAACUCCAGUAAAUCAUCAAGCAAAUGUGCGGUUGGAAUUGCAGGCAAGACGAUAAAUAAUUCAUCGUUAUUACCAAAUAUCGGAAGCAAGUAUCAAGAAACAAGCGGGCAUAAAAGUUAUCAAACACAGCAGUCGACUUUCAAAGAGCACUCAACGGAUGGUGGAUAUAUUAACAAAGUUGUUCCUAUCCCUAAUAAAUCCUCAUCGCCGCUUUUACCAUCGUCUUGUGUAUCUGCUCAAGCACCACUCACCUGUAAUAGUGAUAGCUGCCAAAAGGGUAAUACAUUAGCGGUAUCAACCUUUGCCGGGUUUUCAAAGGGAGGUAAUCUUGUCUCGUCAUUUACAAAUUCUUCCUUACCCACAAGUUCAUCUGUGAGUCCUUCGAAUCUUUCUACUGCAUUAGAAAACGAUUCACUAUCGAAUUUAUCAAAUUGCUCUGCAAGCGGCAUGUCAUCGCAAUCCAGUGGUACUAGCAGCAAUAUCAGUAGUGCGGGUGGUGGAGUAGGAGGAGGCCAGGGUGGAUCCCAAAGUAUUGGAGGUUCUGGUAGUGGUAAAUCGAAUGCGAAAAUGUCAAUUGAUCAUCAAGCGACACUUGACAAGGGACUUAAAAUGAAAAUAAAACGCACUAAGCCUGGAACCAAGACCUCUGAAGCAAAGCAUGAAAUUGUCAAAGCCACAGAACAACAGCAACAGCAGAAUGGUUCUAUAGGUGUUAAUAAUCCGAGUAAUUUGGAUGAGAAUAACGGACUCAAUACUAAUUCGCAUUCGUCCUCAUCUAGUGGUGCUAGCGGCUCAGGAGGCUCUAAUCAAAAUUCAGGAAGUGGCAGCGGCUCAAGUUCAAAUGUAGCCAAUAUCAGCGGUAGCAAUAAAAAACAUCUUAGUAAUAUUUCCACUAGUAAUAGCAAUAGCCAAGGUAAUAGUCACAACAGCAUAAACAGUAAUAGCCCGGCCUCUGGAAGUGGAUCCACCGGCUCCGGGGGUAGCGGACAAGUAACUCCUCAAAGCAAUAAGCGUGGUAGUUCAGGUCAUAGACGAGAAAAAGCUAAAGAAAAAACAACACAUUCCAAUCGUCUAAUAGCGGAGAAAAAUGCUUCAGUGGCCUCUGAAAAAGAAGGCUUAGCUGGUGUUAGCGACAAGGGUAUCACAUGCCAUUGUAACAUUGAUUCCACAAACGGAAGCGCGACUAGUUCUUGCGCUAAUCACACCUGCACUCGUCGAUCUGAAAGUGCAAAUAAUUCAUCCAUUGCAGUUUUAACACAACGCUUGAGCAAUACGGCUGGAAAUAGCAGUGCAACAUCCGGAUCUGUGCCACCUGGUGUAUUUACUCCAUCAGUUGGUUCACCUGCUGGUGGUGUAGUAACAACAGCUGCUGUUACAGCUACAUCUUUACUCUCGGCGACUUCAGCAGCAUCGACAACUACACCACAAUCCAUUGGGAGCACCAAUGCACCAAACGCGCCCGGUACUCCUGGUAAAGAUUCAACUAACUGUGGCAAUAUCAAAAUCUCUUCACAUAUUGCGGCGCAAUUGGCUGCUGCAGCAGCUUCGACUACUUUUAGUAAUAGUGUGUCGAUUACGUCUGCGAACAGUCUUAGCGGAAGCAGCGAGAGUAAAUCAAAUACUUCAAUUGUUCCUGUUGCGCAAGCAAAACUUAUGGCACCCGGUAUGAUCUCAGCGACCGUGCACCACACUAUCUCUGUUCCCGCGAACUCUUCCUCUAGUACAACAACAGCGUCAGCUAGUAGUACUAGCACAUCCAGCAAUAAUAUAGUUGUUGAAGAUGGCAUAAAAUCUCCACCCGCCAAACGGGCAAAACAUGGAGACUCUUCCAAUGCAUCGAGUUCUUCACCCAAAGAAAUGGUUGACAUAUGUAUUGGCACCUCAGUUGGAACUAUAACAGAACCAGAUUGCUUGGGUCCUUGUGAGCCGGGAACUUCCGUAACACUUGAAGGCAUCGUUUGGCACGAGACCGAAGGCGGUGUUCUAGUUGUAAAUGUUACAUGGCGCGGUAAAACAUAUGUUGGAACUUUGCUUGACUGCACACGGCAUGACUGGGCUCCACCUAGGUUCUGUGAUUCGCCAACCGAAGAAUUAGAUUCUCGAACACCGAAAGGACGCGGAAAACGUGGAAGAAGUGCCGCACUUACACCAGACUUGAGUAAUUUUACUGAAACACGUAGUUCUAUAUAUUUUUCCCAUGCGCAGGUGCAUUCAAAAUUGAGAAAUGGUACAACGAAAGGUGGUCGAGGUGCUUCGCGUACUGCUAUUAGUGCUACAAGUACUGCAAGUACCACAACAAUAACAAGUAGCUCUUCAUCAGGCAACGGGGGUGGAGCCACGCCUAGUACAUCACCAACAGCAUUUUUACCUCCACGUUCUGAGAAACGAAAAUCGAAGGAUGAGUCACCAUCUCCUAUUAAUGGGGACUCAGAGUGCACUACGAACGUAGCGAACGCGAGUGGUAUUCCGAUCUCUGCAAGUGGCGGUGGUCUAGCUACACAGCCUCAGAGCCUCGUCAAUCCUGUGACUGGUCUUAAUGUACAAAUAAGCACGAAGAAAUGUAAGACUGCCUCGCCGUGUGCAAUUUCGCCGGUAUUACUUGAGUGUCCCGAACAGGAUUGCAGCAAAAAGUAUAAACAUGCUAAUGGACUUCGAUAUCAUCAAUCUCACGCUCACGGUAGUGCUUGUUCUAUGGACGAAGAUUCUUUGCAAUUGCCGGAGGAGCCACCCACACCGACCUCCUCACCAGUGCCGCCUGCACAAAGCACAAGAGCAGUAACCCCAACCGUUGCAGAAGGUGCGGUAUUGACUUCUGGAGUAAUGGCGAUAACGUCACCAGUAACUCCUCCCAUAAGUACAUCUACGAUACCAGCAUCCUCUUCGGAAUCGUCAUCUCUACCAGCCGCGGUUUUACCACCAUCAUCACAAACCGCAAUUCCAGAAACUGCGGAUUCCGAAACUGUGGCUGGCGGCGGUUCAGCACCAUCGGCUGCUUCAACUAUUUCGUCUUCGGCCAUGAAUGCGUCUGCUUCAGUAACGAAUGCAUCUCCUAGUUCCACAAGUGCGACCAUUGGCGGCAUACUAACAGUGUCAUCCGCACAAGCACUUUUACCGCAACCACAGCAACAACACCCAGUCGCGGGUGGUAGUAUUACCGCAGGCAUUUCGGGCCAGCUACUGUCACAACAGCAGCAACAGCAAUCUCUGGGAAUGUCAAAUGCAAGUAAUCUGCCCGCACUACUUCCCGAACAGUCACAGACAACAGCUCUUCCGCAGCAAGGUGGAUCAAAAUCUGGGGUACUGAGGUUUGGACCGCAAAGCGAUGUAUCCAAUUCCGGAGCUCCACCGUCAAUAUUAGCUCUUCAGCAGCAGGUAUCGCAAGGCACAUCUCCGCAGGCGGGCACUUUAGCAGGACAAAGCCCUCAACGAGCAGCAGCACAGCUAACUACAAACUCGGAAAGUUUGCAGCCACCACAUCAAACGCCAAUAAGUACUUAUACCAGUUCAUCGACGCCAAGCGGACAAAAUUUACAAGGUAUUUCCUUGUCAACAAAAAACUCACCUGUCUUUGCUGCAGUAAAACAGAAAAAGUGUCGAAAGUCACCAGGGCCUGUGGAAUAUGAUGGGGUUGUAACCAGGGAUAACGUUCAGAGCCCUGCUUACAGUGACAUUUCAGAUGACUCCACCCCAGUGGGAGAGCAGGAUAUCUUAGAUAAGUCACAACCCAAACUUAUAGAUUUACCAAACAAAAAACAAUCUGAUCUAGGUGCUGUGGGUAUCGGAAGUGGUUCGCAAACUAUUCCACCAUUGGGUGGUUAUGGAAUGUACCAGUUUUACCAACAGCAGCAAUAUUUGGUACCCCCACCAUCUUCCGAUCAACAACCAUCACAGACACCUAACAAAGGCUUACUGCCCUCCACUCUUGUUCAGCCAUCUUUAACGCUUCCUGCAUCGCAAUCUCAACAACAAGCUUCAAUACAAUCGUCGCAUCUAAUGCAACAGCAACAGCCACAACAACAGCAGCAACAGUCUCCCCUUCUAACAGACUAUAAUAACAAAAGUAAAGAUCCACCUUUGGAUUUGAUUACGAAGUCAUCGCAGCAACAGCAAGGUGUUGCACAUCAGCAGCAAAUGCAAUCCCAAGAUGGUGCAGGCAACCAAAAAGACACCUCUUCGGGGCAACUCUCACAGCCGGCACCAAAUUUAAGCAACGUAGGGCCUCCUAAUAAUGGUUUGCCACCAGGCAUGGGAGCUAUGCAAUCUCUUGGAACAUCUGGGGUUGGACCCGGGGGCUUACCGACACCUACACCCUCCAAACCGCUCUCGCAUUUUUACCCAUUUAAUUAUAUGGCUCCCGGAUAUCCUUACAACGUGGAACCCAACUAUGGACCAGUAUCAAUUGUGGCUUCUGAUGAUACGAUAAAACUAGGAAAUCACGGAAACUUGUCUAGUUCACAACCACAAAAUACUGCUCCUCCGCAUCCAAAUUCUGGCGCCAUAAAAGAUGAGCGGGUUAAGGAAAGCCCUAGUCCCCAUGAAUGCUCCAAGCAAAUACCUCAGCAGCAACAAUUGGUUUCGACUAAACUCAUAAAAAGCGAACCAAUGGCAAAGCAAGAGAUAAAGCAAGAGCACAAUCCAGGUACCCAACCUCAACAACAGCAACCACCGCAACAGCAACAACAGCCCCAACAACCACAUGCAUUACAUCCGAAAGACUUGCAGGGAUUGGGAUCAUAUCCAAAUAUAUAUCAACGGCAUCCAAUGACAUUAGCAGCCCAGCACCUAUCUCGCGAGGAAGAGCUAAGAAGAUACUACAUUCUUUCAGACGAGCAACGACGGCAAAGUGCUGUCGCAGCUUUACGAGCAGUACAGGCACAGAAUCCUUCCAAUAGUGGGCCGCCCGGAUCUCUUCAAGCUCAAGUGAUGAAUCAACAUAAAGAAGAUAGUGGCUCUUCGUCACAGCACCAGCCACAGAUGUCAAUCCCGCAACAGCAACAGCAUCAACAAUCCCAAAAAUCAAAAUCCCAAACCUGCUCUACUAAUGUGAAUGCCAACACAGUAGGCAGUAGUAAAGCAACAAAUUUGACAAAAGAGGUGUCUAAACAGAAACAAGAAGAAGAAGUAAAAAUUAAGCAGGAGGGACAGAAGCCCACAAUGGAAACUCAAGGACCACCACCCCCACCUACAUCGCAAUACUUCCUCCACCCUUCAUAUAUUGCUCCAGCACCCUUUAGUUUCGACCCAAAUCAUCCCAUGUACCGUAAUGUGUUAAUGUCGGCAGCUGGGCCAUACAAUGCUGCGCCCUAUCAUUUACCCAUACCCAGAUAUCACGCACCAGAGGAUCUGUCACGGAACACCGGAACAAAAGCAUUAGACGCACUUCAUCAUGCUGCUAGCCAGUAUUACACCACGCACAAAAUACACGAAUUAAGUGAACGUGCAUUAAAAUCGCCAACAAGUGGUAACAACAGUGGCCCAGGUGGAGCCGUGAAAGUCAGCGUGUCUAGUCCAAAUGUGGGCAUACAGCAGCAGGCCGUCAAUACCGGUGGCGUAAGUGGCCCUGGCAGUGGUACGAAUGUGGGACCAAAUGCUCCCAAUAGCGGCAGCCACUUAACUGCAACAAAUCAGUCUUCUGGUGGAAGUGGCAUCCCAUUGAAUCUUCAGCCCCCUCCUACUGGAAUGAGUGGUCCUCCAAAUAAGUCUGAUGUGCUCAACCAAAAGGUGUUAAGUGGGCCGGGAGGACCGGGCAGUAAUCUAGCAGGUACACCGAUUAAUAUCGAUUCACAUAAACAACAGGGUGGCCCAAGUGGGCCGAACAGUGGUGGUAGUAUCGGUGGCGCUCCUCCAGGAGGCAACAGUGCCACUGCAGAUUCACGCAGCCCGCCACCGCAACGGCAUGUUCACACCCACCACCACACUCACGUCGGCUUAGGAUACCCCAUGUACACUGCACCUUAUGGUGCUGCAGUGUUGGCAAGUCAGCAAGCUGCUGCCGUAGCUGUGAUAAACCCAUUCCCUCCUGGACCAACCAAAUGAGAAUCGCAGAAUGAGAAGAAUCUCUAUAACAUGAAAACAUAAUGAAUUUAUCUUGGAGGGAAAAGGGACCACAAGAAAUUGUACCCUAUCGCAAGUGAAUUCAUAGAAUUUAUCUUAUUCCAUUUAUAUUUAAUGAGAUAAGAUGAAGUUCAAUCAAAAUUACCUAAACAUUAAAUACUGCGAGAAACACAGAAAGCUUACAAUUGUACACACACACAGAUAGAGAAAGUCAGAAGAGUAAAGUAAAUUACACUUGUACUUUAAGCAUUUAA